AUGCCCUUCGGUCGGGCCGUCACGUCGAGCUCCCGGUUUGUCUGCCGCGGAUGCUCUCGCCGCCUGACACCCGCCUCGCGCCGCGCCUACUCCGCGGCCGCUGCUGCCACACCACCCUCCCAGGACCAGGACAUUUACGACGUCGUCUGCGUCGGCGGCGGGCCCGCGGGCCUGAGUCUUCUCACAGCUCUCCGCUCCGACCCCAUCACUGCAAACCUCCGGAUGGCCCUGGUCGAGGCCCAGGACCUCUCCAAGGUUGCCGCCUUCUCGCUCCCGCCGACGCAGUACUCGAACCGCUGCAGCUCGCUGACGCCCGCGUCCGCGCAGUUCCUGCACGACAUCGGCGCCUGGACGCACGUCCAGCGCGACCGCGUCCAGCCCUUCCAGGAGAUGCAGGUCUGGGACGGCGUCACCGGCGCCCGCAUCGAGUUUGACUGGCAGCACCGCAGCACCGGCGGCACGCUGGCGUACAUGACGGAGAACCUCAACACCACCUCCGGCCUCCUGAAGCGGCUGCGGGAGCUCGGCGGCGUCGACGUCUUUGACGGCUCCCGCGUGGAGGGCAUCGAGCUCGGCCAGGAGACGGAGGACCUGGACCUGAGCGGCUGGCCGGUGGUGCAGCUGUCGGGCGGCAAGGCGCUCACCGCGCGGCUGCUGGUCGGCGCGGACGGCGCCAACAGCCCCGUGCGCGCGUUCGCGGGCAUCGAGUCCCGCGGCUGGGACUACGACCGGCACGGCGUCGUGGCCACGCUCGAGCUCGACGGCGAGGGAUGGGGGGGUCCGGCGGUCAAGACGGCGUACCAGCGGUUCCUGCCCACGGGGCCGGUCGCCAUGCUGCCAAUGCCCGGCCGCUACGCCACGCUCGUGUGGUCGACGACGCCCGCCAACGCCGCCGUGCUCAAGGCCCUGCCGCCGCGCGACCUUGUCGCCCUCGUCAACGCCGCGUUCCGCCUGGCCCCCGUCGACAUUGCCUACAUGCACACGCGGGCCGCCGGGCAGCUGCAGGACGAGCUGGAGUGGCGCACGCGGCACAACGCCGAGCUCGACCCGCGCGCGGUGCCGCAGGCCGUCGUGGCCGUGCAGGACGGCAGCGUGGCCUCGUUCCCGCUCAAGAUGCGGCACGCGGACACGUACGUCGGGGAGCGCGUGGCGCUCGUCGGCGACGCGGCGCACACGAUCCACCCGCUGGCCGGCCAGGGCCUGAACCAGGGCCAGCUGGACGUGCGGAGCCUGGCGGGCGCGGUGAGCGCGGCCGUGGCGCGCGGGCAGGACCUCGGCGCGCAGCUCUCGCUGGAACCGUACAGCGCGGAGCGCUACGCGGCCAACCACGUGGUGCUGGGCGUGUGCGACAAGCUGCACAAGCUGUACGCGGUGGAGGGGGGGCCGCUGGUGCCGCUGCGGUCGCUGGGUCUGCGAGCGGUCAACGGGCUCGCGUCGCUCAAGGGCUUCUUGAUGGACCAGGCGGCGGGGACGGGCGCGAAGGUGUUUUGA